UUUAAUUUGAAAUUUGAAUUUUAAAAAAACAGUAGGACAAAGUUAUAUUAUUUUUGAGGCGAACUUGAACCUGAAAAAUAACAGUAAAUAAUAUAGGGGAAUUAACAAUACUUGUUAUGCUGUUAAGCUUUGACUUAAUGUAUAAAUCCUAAAUACUGUACCUGUUCGUUAUGAUGGAAGAUAAAGUGACAACACCUGAACCUUGCCUGAAAAAGCAACUCAAAGGCCACAAAAACGCGAUAACUGCUUUAUAUUACAACCCAAACGAUCAACAAAUUGCCACUAGUUCAUUGGACAACAGUGUUUUACUUUGGGAUCUACGUGGUACAAUGCGUAGUUAUAGGUUUCAAGGACAUGAUGAGGCGGUCAUGGAUGUGACAUUCUCUUCUUCUGGGAAGUACAUGGCAUCUGCGUCUCGUGAUAAAACAGUCAGAAUCUGGGUACCGACUGUUACUGGGAGCACGGGCAUGUUCAAAGCACAUUCGCAGACUGUGCGCUCAGUGCAAUUUAGUUCAGAUGGCUCGAAGAUAAUAACUGCAUCUGAUGACAAAGUUGUGAAACUGUGGUCAACCCACAAACACAAGUUCAUAUCAUCUUUUGUGGGUCAUACAAACUGGGUGAGAUGCGCCCGAAUGUCAAAUGAUGGGUCUAUCAUAGCAUCAUGUUCUGAUGAUAAGUCCACAAAACUCUGGAAUCUAGAUUCAGGAGAAUGUAUCCAUACAUAUAAAGACCUUAAAGGUCACGGACUACACCUGGCUUGGCAUCCUUCAGGAUGUUAUGUGGCUGUUGCUACGUCACAUGGAAAUGUUAAAUUAUAUGAUAUUCGUACUCAUAAUCUUGUACAAUACUACAGUAUACACAAUGAAGCUGUCACACAAGUGGCAAUACAUCCAAGUGGUAGUUACAUACUAACAGCUAGUAAAGAUGGCAAAAUGAAGAUACUUGAUUUAUUAGAAGGUCAUCCUAUAUUCACAUUAAGCGGCCACAAUGGACCUGUAAAUGCUGUAAAUUUCUCACCAACUGGAGACACUUUUUCUUCAGCUGGAGAUGACAAAUUGGUCUUUAUAUGGAAAACGAAUUUUACUGAUUUAUCAAGUGAAUCUAAAGAGAAUGAAGGACAGAAUAUGAUCACUGGACAGAGGUCUGCUUCACAGAUAUCAAAAGGGAGUUCAGUGAUGAGAAACAGAAAACAGGGUGUAAGAGAAUGGUACCUAUGCCACCACAGCAUGAAGUAUCCUGUGACUACAUUUGUUCAUUUUGAUAAUGAUGGACCCGAUACUGCUGUUGGACCAAGUUUUCAAGAACCAAAUGCAAACAGUACAAUGAUUGAACCAGAUGGUAAUAUUAGUGUCAUAAGACAUGAAUCUAGAUUAAAUCAAACAUUACCUGAGAAUUUUGCACCAGAUUUGGGACCAGAUCUGCCAGUUCAUUCACAGAGUCGGACAGAAGAAUUAGUUUCUUAUAGUGUUGGUCACACAAGUCAUAUACCGCGUACUCCCCCUAGCCCUGCUACCUACAGCAUACCUUCCAUUAUAAACAGGUCUAUAGGUAUUCAAAUAGAACAAGAGGACUUAUUUGGUAUGAUAAAACUUAGGGAUAAUGAUGUGUGCUACACAAGUGGAACUAUUGAAUGGGUUGGUAGAAAAAGAAGUUUCCCUAUCAACAGUGGAUUUAAAAUUAUAAAAGAGCCUGGCCAACCUGGACCUCAACUAAAAAGGAUGAAAAAAUUUAAUAAAUCUUUGAGUUUUGGUGUAGACAAAUUAAAAGAGUGUGAUUGUGCUGAUGUCUUACCUACUGUAAAUGCAAUUGUAGAUCAUUUGAAUGCAUUGCAUGAAGCUGUAGACCUUAUAGACUUACGUUUAAGCUCUGUUGAGGAUAGAAUUGUCAAAAAUAAUUAG